AACUCCCAUUAGCUAAGGAGAAGAAAGAGCUGAAAUAUGGUGCUUACUAUAUCAUCAAACUCUCUUCAAUUUCACUAUAAUAAUACUACUACCUCUCUAAUUUCUCCACCCCAUAACCCUUAUCUCAAAACUUCCAUACCUGCUUCAAAUUUAUCAUUUUCAAGAAACAGACAUGAAUUCAACAGGUUUUCCAUUAAAUCUCGACUUCAUAAAAGGGCAGUCGGUGCUGCUGCUUCAGCUGCUGGAAGUUCUAGUUCCAGCGACGACUCAAAUCCUUAUGAGGUUCUCGGUGUAAGCCCUAUUGAGGGCUUUGACAUGGUUAAGUCAGCAUAUGCAAGAAGACGGAAGGAUGCUGAGCGGAGGGGUGAUGAAGCAGCUCUUGCUCAGUUGGAGAAGGCUUAUGACAAGAUCAUGAUGUCACAGUUAACGAAAAGGAAGAAGGGUGUGACAUUUGGCUCGUUUAAGGUAUCUAAAGAGAUACGAUAUGCUGAUAAGCAGCCUAUUGUGCCGUGGGGUCCACGGUUCACCAAAUCUGAUGACAAAGAUAUGAAAAUCAACUUGGCAAUUUCAGCUGUAUUUAUAGCUUGGGUUUUUAUAAAGCGUAGUGCUGAGUGGAAGCCUUUACAGUUUUUGGCCUUCGUCUUUGUAUAUAGGAUAUUUGAGAAAUUAAAAGCAUUUGAGCCUCCAACUGCCUCGUUUACAGAGGAAGGCGAAGAUGAAGGACGGAUGAUGAGGAUGGGAAAAAGGCUGCUUCGUUCUCUUGCAUUGGUUUUUGGUUGUAUAGCUAUUGCAUCCUUGGGAUAUACUGGUCUCCUCAAUUUUAUCGAGUAUGCUGGUGGUUUCAUACCUGUCUUUCUGUACAACAAUCAGGAAUUGCUUGUAACCGGAUUCACAGCCGUCAUGCUUCACAUCAUGGCAUCUUAUUACAGAUAGUCUAAUUUCUACACUGGUUGAAGAGGAAAUGCAGUUGCCUUGAGUUAGCUGUCAAAUUUUGUAGUUCUGUUGGUUCCAGAAAUUUGCCUUGUUUUGUCUAUAGGAGUUUUAAUAUUUUACAUUUGGCACUCAUCAUUCAAGGGAAUCGACCUGUAGUUGUAAGGAUACACCUACUGUUUGAGGAUGUUGAGACUAAACAAGACCACAUUCUUUUCAAAAUUGAUGGAUUUUAAGAUGGAAAUAUAAAUGAUAAUGAGGAAAUAUGGCUUUUAAACUGGAAA